CACGCCGGGAAAGGGGGCGUGGCCCGGCGGACUCCAGCUCCCGGCAGGCGCUGCGCGCCGGGUCAGAGGUCAGGGGGCGGGGCUGUGUGGCGGUGGGGCCCGGCGCGUCGCGGAGCACAGGCACCAGGCGAUGGCAGCAUGGAGGGGACGGUGACAGAGCCGGUGCAGGUGCAGGUGGCAGAGGAGGAAGAAGAGGAGGAGGAGGAGGAGGAGGAGGAGGAGGAAGGCCUGGCGGGACGGUUCCUGCGGCUGGAGCGGGAGCAGAACGCGCUGCUGCGGGAGCUGCCGCCCUUCGGGGACCCCGUCAGCCACGUCUACCACCCCCUGGACUACGCCUGGGAGCCCCACUGCGACUUCGUGCGCCGCUACUGCCGCACCCCAAAACGCGUCCUCUUCCUCGGCAUGAACCCCGGCCCCUUCGGCAUGGCCCAGACCGGGGUCCCCUUCGGAGAAGCCUGGCACGUGCGGGAAUGGCUGCGGGUCGUCGGGGGGGUGAAGAAGCCGCCCUCGGAGCACCCCAAGCGCCCGGUGCUGGGCCUGAGCUGCCGCCGAGCCGAGGUGAGCGGCGCCCGCUUCUGGGGGCUGGUCCGCACCCUCUGCCCCGACCCCCACCUCUUCUUCCGCCACUGCUUCGUCCACAACCACUGCCCCCUCCUCUUCCUCGCCGCCAGCGGCCGCAACUUGCCCCCCACCGAGUUGCCCCCCGCCACCCGCGACCGUUUGAUGGGACUCUGCGACCGGGCGCUGGCGCGAGCCGUGGGGCUGCUGGGCGUGGGGCUGGUGGUGGGCGUGGGGCGUUACGCCGAGCGAAGGGCACGGCGAGCCCUGGCAGGUGCCGGCCUGGCCGUCCGCGUCGAGGGGUUACCCCAUCCCUCGCCCCGAAACCCCCGCGCCAACCGGGGCUGGGAGGAACUGGCCAAAGCGCGGUUGGGUGAACUGGGGGUGCUGGAGUUGUUGGAGGAGGAGAGGGGGGCGGCUGGGGGGGGGAAGUGAGGGGGGGAUGGAGCCGUGCCUCGGUUUCCCCAGUUGGGGGCUGAUUUAGGGCACUUUUAUGAGAUGGAGAAUGGAUCCGUGCCUCAGUUUCCCCAGUUGGGGGCUGAUUUAGGGCACCUUUAGGAGGUGGAGGAUGGAUCCGUGCCUCAGUUCCCCCAGUUGGGAGCUGGUUUAGGGCACUUUUAUGAGACGGAGAAUGGAUCCGUGCCUCAGUCUCUCCCAUUGAGAGCAAGGCUGGGGUUGGGGGGGGUGGGUUAAUGGGUCCGUGCCUCAGUUUCCCCAGUUUGGAGGUGGAGGAUGGAUCCGUGCCUCAGUUUCCCCAGUUGGGAGCUGGUUCAGGGCACUUUUGUGAGACAGAGAACGGAUCCGUGCCUCAGUUUCCCCCACUGAGAGCAAAGCUGGUGUUUGGGGGGGGGGAUGGUUAAUGGCUCCACGCCUCAGUUUCCCCUCCCAGGACCAAGCCCGGCGUCUCAUUUUUCAGGAGCGGAUGGAUCCGUGCCCCAGUUUCCCCAGUUGGGAACUGGUUUGGGGCACCUUUAGGAGGUGGAGGACGGCUCCGUGCCUCAGUUUCCCCACUGAGAGCAAAACGGGGUCCCCUCACGCAGGGACGGGGGCGUGAUCCAUCCACCCCCCACCCCCCUGUGCCUCGGUUUCCCCUUGCCGGGGGGCAGAUUCUGCCGGGGGUGGGGGGGGCCCGCCAGCAGCCUCCAGUCUCCCCAGUUUAACCAGUUUAACACUAAGCAGCCUCUCAGGGAAGGCGAGGUGCCGCAUCCCGGCGGGGGGUGUUGGCCCCGUGCCUCAGUUUCCCCCGCGAGGCGCCUGGGGGCCCCGGGCUCGGUCCCUCCCCCCCCCCCCCCUCCAGCUUUUUGGGGCUCCCCGCAUUUUUCUUCCCCUUCGAAUGGCCCAUUUGGGGGUUUUUAGGGUAUUUUUUUUAAGCUAUUUAACCCCAGUGGCCCUGCUCGCUCUUGGCGGCAGGGGAAACUGAGGCACGGGGACGUUCCCCCCGG